AUGCGUGUUCGAGUUUUCACAGAGAAUGUCUGGUCAAUUGCACUAUUUUGUUCAUUUGUAACAGGAUUUAUUAUAAUUUUUUCUUGUUUAACAAAACGUCGUCGUCGUUAUUUUCGUCACCACCGUCUUGUCGAUGACGUACAUCAUUUAUGGCCAUUUGAUGAAUAUCUUAUACAACCAACUUUAUGUAAUGUUUGUUCCUCAACUUUAUUAACCGGUUUUCAUUGUUCAUCAUGUGGAAUUUAUUUACACGAAUAUUGUGUGCGUAUUGCUCGACGUCUUUUUCAUUGUAAACAUAUGACAAGCGAACAAGAACAAGUACAACAUCAAUGGACUCGAGGUAAUUUACCAUUAGAUUCUGAAUGUACUAUUUGUCGACGACCAUGUGGAGCUGAACCAAGACUGUGUGACUAUCGAUGUAUAUGGUGUCAACGUAUUGUACAUGAUUCAUGUAUGAGAGCAUUACCUAUUGAAUGCGAUUUCGGUGAAUUUCGACGGUUGAUUAUACCACCUAAUGCUGUUGUUUCACGUACUGGAAAUAAAAAAAUUGUUGGAUAUGCUCAUUCAGUAGUUGAACGUAUUUUACCAUGUGGUUUUGAUGAUUGGUGUCCAUUACUCAUUAUUGGUAAUCGAAAAUCAGGUGGAGCUAAUACGGAUCUUGUUCUUAAUUCAUUUCGAACUUAUUUAAAUUCUGUACAAGUUAUUGAUAUUUCAACGAUCUCACCUGCUUCAAUUCUUGAAUGGUGUAAUUCACUUCCAAAUAUUGGUUUUUAUAUUCUUGUAUGUGGUGGUGAUGGAACAGUUAAUUGGAUUUUAGAAAGUAUUGAAAAUACAACAUCAGGCAUAAAACCUGCUGUUGGUAUUCUUCCAAUGGGUACAGGUAAUGAUUUAGCUCGUAUUUUACAAUGGGGUUAUGGAGAAGAUUCUGCUGUUGAUGUCAGUAUUUAUUUAAAAAAUUUAAUGGCUGCAAAAGUUGUUGCUCUUGAUCGAUGGUCAGUAGAUAUUUGUGCCAAUGCUCGACAUUUUGGUGUAGCAACAGCCAGUGCACGUCAUAUGCGUAUGUCGAACUAUUUUUCAGUUGGUUGCGAUGCAUUAGUUACACUCAACUUCCAUCGUCGUCGCGAGAAAAUACCAGAAUUUUUUGCUAGCCGUUUUGUUAAUAAAUUACAUUAUUUUCAUUAUGGAACAGUAGAUACUUUUUUAAAGGAAUGCAAAGAUCUACAAAACAAUGCUAUUCUUGAAAUGGAUGGACGAGUUAUUGAAAAUCUUCCAGCAUUAGAAGGUAUUUGUAUAUUAAAUAUUCCAUCAUGGGGUGCAGGUGUUCGUGUUUGGGGAGCAGGUGAAAAUAUUCCAGUUCAGCAAAUUGAUGAUGGUUUAGUUGAAGUUUUUGGAAUUUAUAGUUCAUUUCAUAUAGCACAAAUGCAAGUUGGUCUUGCUGAUCCAUUCCGUAUAGGACAAGCUCGUCGAGUUAAAUUAACACUUAGACGUCGUUUCCCUUGUCAAUGUGACGGAGAACCAUUUGAAGAAGUCUCUUUUUUGUGUUCGAUUCGUGUCGCAGUUGCUUUUGUUGGAUUUCUUGGUAUGGUUGCACAUUAUUCACAAAAGAUCAGUAUUGGUAUGGCUCUUGUUUGCAUGGUCAAUCAUUCAUCGAUUCUUCAACAGAAAACUUCUGUUGCUAUGCCUAUUACACAGGCUGACAUUGAUUGUCCACGCCCGAAUAAUACUGUUACAAUUGAAGGUCCAUAUCCUUGGACAAAAAAUAUUCAAGGUAUGGUCUUAGGUGGAUAUUUUUGGGGAUAUUUGAUUACUGAAAUACCUGGUGGAUAUUUGGCUGGUCGAUAUGGUGCUCGGCUUAUAUUUGGCGGAGCUAUGCUUGUAGCUGGUGCUUUUUCAGUAGCUAUUCCUUGGGGUGCUAGUUUACAUUGGGGUAUAGUAUGGUUUUUACGAUUAAUUGUUGGAUUGGCACAUGGUGUUAUAUGGCCUUGUAUGGCUGUUAUUAUGUCACAUUGGGCACCACCUGAUGAAAGAGGAAAACUUAUCGGUUUUAUGAAUGCUGGUGCUCAAAUUGGUAAUGUUCUGACAUUAUCUAUUGGUGGUCUUAUGUGUUCAUGGAGUUUUGUUGGUGGUUGGCCAUUAAUUUUUUAUUCUACAGGUAUUAUGGGUUUUAUUUGGGGUAUUUUUUGGAUUAUUUUUUAUGCUGAUUCACCUCGUGAUCAACGUUGUAUUAGUAAUCGAGAAAAAAAUUAUAUACUGGAUUCUACACAACAACAAACAUCACAUCAUGAUAAAAACGAAUUUGAAGCUCCAUGGAAAGAUAUUUUAACAUCACCUGCUUGCUGGGCACUUUUUAUUAUUCAUACGUGCAAUAAUUGGGGAACAUAUACAUUUCUUACAUCGAUUCCAAAAUAUAUGUCAGAAGUAUUAAGAUUUGAUAUUAAAUCAAAUGGAUUACUCUCAUCGCUACCAUAUCUUAUGUUUUGGCUCAAUAUAAAUAUAUCUGGUGCAGUAGCUGAUGCACUUAUUCGAAAAAAUACUUUAACAAGAACGCAAACAAGAAAAUUAUUUAAUGUAUUAGGAAAUUUACUUCCAGCAAUAUUUGUUAUUGCAUUAGCAUUCAUGACAUGUAAAAUUAAAUAUAUUGCUGUAGCUUUAUUAACAAUUGGUGUUACUUUUACUGGAUGUUGUUAUGGUGGAGGAUUUUUGCUUACAUCAAAUGAUAUUGCUCCACCUUAUGCAGGAAUCAUCUUUGGUAUUUCAAAUACGUUUGCUACAUUACCAGGUGUUAUAAGUCCAUCUGUUGUCGGUGCUCUUACAGACAAAGAUCCAAACAAUUGGCGUUAUGUCUUUUUUAUUUGUGCAACUAUCUAUAUUAUUGGUAUGCUUGUAUUCUUAUUCAUUGGCUCAGGUGAAAUACAACCGUGGGCAAAAAAGCGUCGUGCUGAUCCAACCAUACCAGAAGAAACACCUUUAUCGGAACUCACUGGCAACUUAUUAUCAAAAGAUUCGAAUGAACACUAG